CAGUGGUCUUGUGCCCCGCCCCCAGCGCCAUGACGUUCAGUCGCAGGAUUCCUCUCCACCGACUGCUUUCGCGCUGCGCUGUCAUGGACUCGAAGGUGCUCCGGGAGGCGGCGGAGAUCGCUCAGUUGUACCGGGAUCAGUGUCGGUUCCCGGCGUUGUGUCGCGCGGAUGUGGGACCGGUGAUCACGUCACGAUACGGCGGACAGUACGGCAACAUCUACACAGAGUGGACUCAGCGGGAUUUGGAGAGGAAUGAAAAUGUAAAGUUUUGUCGCCAGUACAUUGUGUUUCAUGAUGACAAAUCAGUGGUCUACUCCGGACCCUCGGGAAACUGCACAGAAAUCAAGGGAGAGCUGCUCAGUGUGGAUUCUCCAUCCGGUGACAUGAAGGCUGUGCUGAGAGAGAGCACCAUUAAAGGAGAAGACAAGCAGUUCCUUGAGAUCUGGCAUAAGAACAGGAAGCUGAAGUGUCUUAAUCUGACGACUCUCAGCAAACACGGCAAAGUGUAUGAAGAUGAGCAGUUCGGCUGUAUGGUCUGGUCUCAUUCAGAGACUCACCUCCUAUAUGUAGCUGAGAAGAAACGACCCAAGACCGAGUCGUACUUCCAGGGGCCUGAGACGGGUUUGCUCGCUGAUGAAGAGGAGACCAUCAAGACAGACAAGAAAGAGGAAACAGUCCUGGGUCAGCAGUUUGAGUAUUAUGAAGACUGGGGCGAAGCACUUGUGAAUAAAAGCAGCCCAGUGCUCUGUGUGCUGGACAUCGAAGGCAGUAACAUCACUGUUCUGGAAGGAAUACCCACCAACAUCUCCCCAGGACAGGCAUUCUGGGCUCCCAAUGACACAGGGCUUGUGUUUGUGGGUUGGUGGCAUGAGCCAUUCAGAUUGGGGCUCAAAUACUGCGCCAACAGAAGGUCAUCUCUGUUUUAUGUGGAUCUGGCUAGUGGUAAAUGUGAACAGUUAUCAUCUAACUCCAGUGCUGUCUGCUCUCCUCGGCUAAGUCCUGACCUCUGCCGUAUCGUUUAUAUGGAGUGUGGCAUCUUCGGUCCACACCAGCAGUGCAACCGUCUAUGUAUGUAUGACUGGUACACCAAGCAGACAAGUGUUGUGGUUGAUGUGGUGCAGAGAGCCAGAGAGGAUGGUUUUACUGGAAUCUACAGCUCAAUGCUUUCUCCCCGCUGCUGGUCAGCUGACAGUCAGCGUGUGCUUAUGUCCUGUGCUCAGAGAUGCCGUAAGGAUUUGUUGGUUGUUGAUACUUCAACUGGUGAAGUCACGUCUCUCACCUCCCAAUCAGAGGAGGGAAGCUGGAAUUUGCUGAAUAUUCACAGAGAUCUGAUGGUGGUCAGCUGCUCUUCACCUAACUGCCCUCCAGACCUGCGGGUGGGUUUCCUGCCAGAGAAGGGUUCUGAAAGCAAGAUGUCAUGGGUCACGCUGGAGGAGACUCAACCUCAGGAAGAUAUCAGCUGGCAGACUUUAAACUUCAGCCCGCCACCUGAGGAGGACAACAGUCAAUACCCUGGUUUGGACUUUAAUGCUAUUCUACUGAAACCAAAGGAAAUGACAGCAGGGAGCAAACUACCUCUCAUUGUCAUGCCACACGGCGGCCCUCAUUCAGUGCUGGUGUCAGAGUGGUUCUUGUCCACAGCAGUUCUGUGUAAGAUGGGCUUCAGCGUCCUGCUUGGUGAGGAACAGUUACAGUGUUUACCCUACACACCUCAAGUCUGUCCAUCAGACACACGAUUUGUGUGUGUGUUCAGGUGUGUGGUGGAAGCUGGAUAUGAAUAUAACACAGAUAUUCAUCUUGAACCUGCUAUUCUGGAGCAGAUGUUAAACAAGUCACCCAUAAAACAUGUCAGCAAGGUAAAAACCCCAGUACUUCUGAUGUUGGGGGAAGAUGACAAGCGUGUUCCCAAUAAGCAGGGUAUUGAAUACUACAGAGCCCUGAAGGCAUUGCAGGUACCAGUGAGAUUGUUGUGGUACCCAGGCAAUAAUCACUCUUUGUCCAAAGUCGACGCAGAAUCGGAUGGGUUCAUGAACGCUGCUCUCUGGAUUAUCCAACAUCUUUCUCUGUGAUAUCACUUCCUCUCCAUAAAUCAUAACCAGCUUUUAUUACACUUUAUUAAAGUGAUUUUAGCGUUUCUUCAGCUUUGUCGUUGUCAUAUCGAGGCAUCAGCUUGGUGCUUUCCCGUCAGACCACAAAGGGGAAACUCGUCAAAAUCUGUCUCUGUGUGAUGCGAAAAGCACUUGAUGAGGUUCACAGGCAUAUUGUGUGAUAUCUGAAGAAGUUAAUGUGAUAUUUAAUGAAAUGGAAUUUACACAAAAUGGCAUCUGAAAAGAUUUCUUACUGUUCUCAAUAAUGGUUUUAGUUUUCAGUUAUUGACAAGUUAUAUUUGUGCCAAACUGGUUCAGUGUAGCUACUUUGAUUUUCUGAUGGUCUUCGGCUUUUUGUAAUAUGGUUACUUUCUGGGAUAUGUACUAAAUGACUUACUGCAUUCUUUUCAAUAAAAAAUUUGACUUUCUGUAUAU